GAUCCCAACUUUCAACGAUGGCUAUCAACACCGACGCCGGGUACGGGAAGAGCGCCAUGGGCGAGAGGGAAGCGUCCCACCCCACCGACUUCCAGGACACGGAGAAGCUGCUGCGCGCCACCGUCGCCGAGCCGAGCGGCCAGAGCAACCUCAAACCGUCGGACUCCUUCUCCCUCAACGCAAGAGGCAGCGUCCGCUCUCUGGACGCGGACCUGAACGGACACAGGUCGCCUCUUAAGACGGGCUCCACGGGGCAUCUGUCGACCCCACCCAAAUCCUCCUCCCGGCUCAGCCUGGGUCCGCUGCCCUCCCCCGUGCCACCGGGCUCCGAGCCCCCCAACUACAUGUGGCUGGCGGUGCUGUCCUGCUUCUGCCCCGGCCUGCCCUUCAACAUCUACGGCCUGUGGUACGCACACGUGUCGAGAACUGUUCUCCAUACCGGAGAUAUUGAAGGGGCAAGGAGAUACGGGCGUCUCUCCUUGAUGUACAGCUGUAGUGCCAUGAUACUGGGUGUGGCUAUCAUCAUCUUCCUAGUGCUCACAAUAGAGUCCCAGUGACCUGUUGGACGGCUACAGCAUUCUCCAAAGAUGUUAUCUUCAGUUGCUG